AUGGCUCAAGCGCAAAUCCAGCCCACGAGCCACAAAAGAAUACUAAGUCAUGACUUUGUCGUUGUAUCGGAAUCACAGAUUAUUCCUCAAAAUGAAAUGCCCGAGGUCUUCCGCCUUCCCUCUUGCAGUGGCCACAACCUCUACGAGAUCUCAGUCGAUGAGAUACAGCACCUCUUCACCACCAGAGCUUUGACCUCGGUACAAUACGUCCAAUUCUGCCUAGACAGGGUGCAAAGGGUAAUCUUCCUCCCUUCGAGCUCUAUGCAGACACUAAACAUCAGCAAGGUCAACCCGUACCUCGAAGCCGUCAUUGAGACAAAUCCGGAAGCUCUCGAUCAUGCAAAGGCGCUGGAUGAGGAGAGAAGGCUGGGCAAAAUCAGGGGUCCUCUUCAUGGCGUCCCUGUCUUUGUCAAGGACAAUAUGGCGACAGCAGACCGCAUGCAAACCACGGGAGGGUCGUGGGUGCUGCUUGGGUGUAUCGUGCCCAAAGAUGCACAUAUCGUUCGUCUUUUGCGACAAGCGGGUGCCAUCAUUCUUGGGAAGACCAACCUCGACGAAUGGGCUGGCAUGAGAGGCAGCAUUUACUCGCUAGGCUAUUCCGCUCGUGGUGGCCAGUGUCGAAAUCCGUACCUAUUGAACCGUUCUGCCAACGGCAGCAGUUCGGGCAGCGCUGUCUCGGUCUCUGCCAAUAUCGUCCCACUUGCUUUCGGCACAGAGACGGAUUGCAGCGUCAUCAGCCCAGGCAUGGUGAACGGCGUAGUUGCAAUCAAACCAACAGUCGGUCUCACAUCUCGUGGUGGAAUCAUCCCCAUCUCCGAGACUCAAGAUUCCAUCGGUCCAUAUGGUCGAUGCGUCGCUGAUGCAGCCCGGGCACUUGAUGUCAUUGCUGGGCCUGACCCUGACGACAAAUUCUCAACGGUGCCUGAACGGCGACAGCCGAAGAGCUACUGCGACUUCCUGACUGACCGACACUCACUGAAAGGCGCAAGGUUCGGGCUUCCAAUGAAACGAUUCUGGGAUGUUGCCCCGUACCCGCAGAAAGCCGUGGCUGAGAGAGCCUUGCGCCUCAUCAAGGAAGCCGGCGCUGAGAUUAUACCUGUCGACAUGCCUUGUGCAGACGAAAGAUUGGAUGAAGAUGGAAUCUGGGAUUGGGAACGAUAUGGCGAGAGUCGUCCCGAAAUCUCCGAGAUCACAGUCAGCAAGGUCCAGACAUACUACCUGAUGAACGAGUAUUUGGGCAAGCUGAAGAACAUUCCGAUCAAGACAUUGGAGGACGUCGUUCAAUUCAACGAUGAGAACCGCGGUUCCGAAGGCGGGCAUGAAGGUGAUUUGCCUGCUUUUCCCGACGGCCAACGACUGUUCCGCAAAUGCGUCGAGACGAAAGGGAUCAAAGACGAAACGUACUAUGCGGCGCUGAAGCACAUCCAGACGCAGUGUCGUAAGAACGGCAUCGACGCGGCUCUGCGUUGUCCUCCUGAACAUCGAAAGGGGUCAGAGGACGAAAUGCUUGAUGCUCUCCUCUUCUUCGACGUCAAGGCGGGAGGUAUCCAGAUUGCAGCCCAGGCAGGCUACCCGGUUAUGACGCUCCCGAUCGGCCUGGACCCGGAUGGCAUGCCGUUACCGCUGACAUUGCAGCACACGGCCUGGCAGGAUGAGAAAUUGGUCAAGUGGGCGAGUGCAAUUGAAGAUCUUUUGAAAGCACAUAACGAGGACAAUGGUAUUUCACCAUUAGCACGGUCGCAGAGAAUGGGCAGGAUUCCACCGACAUACAAAAAUCAUCUGCGGAAGAACAUCCCCGUCGAUCCUGACUACGAAUGGCCGGGUAGGCAUCGAGAUCAAGGAGCACCUUUGAAGUAG